UAAAUCCAGUAAACGCGGAUCAAGUUGCAUUUCUCCUGAUUCUGCCUCUGUGUUGUUUUCUCGCCCCGUUGAGGUGUACGGAAAUAGCAGCCGUGAGAAAGCAAGCUCGCAAGGGAAUUGCUGCCCGGUAAGGCCCGAAUCCGGCCGUCGGUUGCGUGUCGGCCGCGAAGUGAAGGCGGUGACGGUGAGGAGUCGUGGUAGGGAUCGGAUCUGAUGACAGUGGCGGCGGGGUUGGGGUACGUGCUAAUUUCGCUCGGCCCCGCGCUCUCCCUCUUCGUCGCCAUCGUCGCCAAGAAGCCCUUCCUCGUCCUCACCCUUCUUGCCAGAAGAGGGCUUCUUAGGUGAUGGCUUGAUUGAAGGAUAUGGUAUGCUUGGACAGGCAGGAAGUGGAAGGUUACAUCACUCAGUUGGCAUGAUCCACCACACCUAUGUUAGAAACUGUAAUUGGGGAAGAUCCAUCACUCUCCAAUCUGAAUAAGCAAUACUGUUCCUCCUGUAUCUAUUGAUGAACCUCUGCCCAGUGGAGCAAACUUGCAGUUAAAACAUCAGUGGGUAGUGCAAACUUGCUGCUAAACCUGCAAAUUUGGAAUGCCAGAAGAGUGCUACUUAGGUGAUCCUUUGGGUAAAGGAUAUGGUAUGUUUGGCCAGUGGAAAGUCACUUGUCUCUAUUGAGAAAAUCCACCACUUCACAUAUACCAGAAACUGUGUUAGGUUGGUGAAGAUCCACUGCUUCCCAAUAGGCAAUGUUGGACAAGUGUAGUGAUGAGUUGGAUGAAGGUAAAGGCUUCUCAAUGAGAGGUGGAUGGGGACUCAUGAUGUUCAAUUCAGGAGACGUUCGGAAGAUGCAGUGGUCUUUGAUGAAUGAGCAUGUUGGUGAUGGCUGCAGGAGGCACACACCGUGGAUUGUCUUAGAGGGUGGUGGCAAUGGGGACAGCCAAGGACUCGGGAUCACUUGGCAUUGUCGAGCCAGUCAGUAGCGAGCUCACCCUUGUCAAGGUGGUGGCGGGAAUAGCUGGAAACUUGGAUUCAUCCUCAUCAAGACGGUAGUGGGGCAGCAGGCGAGGGAAUGUAAGGGAUGAACAAAAUCAAUGCAUUGUCUGGGGUUGUUGUGCUGAGCGUAAAUGGGAGAUGCAGUCUUUAGUGUGUUUGGGAGUUCUCAUGUCUUGCCAAACAAGAAAAGUUUGUGCAACACUGUUCUCUGGGGAAGAUUUACUCGUCAAUUGAACAAAAUAGUACCGACGCACAGAAUGGAAGGUAGAAGAGAUGGCUUGCUGUUUUGGCUCAUAAGUUUGAUAGUCCUAUCAGGUGCAUGGAGAGUUGUUCUUCCUCUGAAUUCUGCAGCUUGGUGGCCAUAUGUCAUUUUAAUAUUCACAUCUGUUGGUUUUCAAGAAGCUACAAGGCUUAUGUUUUGGAAGCUUUACAAGAGGUUGGAAGUCAUAUUAGAUGCUUUUGCUGAAGAAAAAUUCAGAUCUCGCCUUUCUUGGACUGAUAAGAUGCAAAUUGCUUUGGCUGGUGGUUUAGGGCAUGGCGUGGCUCAUGCUGUUUUCUUCUGUGUUAGUCUUUUGACUCCUUCGUUUGGACCGGCGACAUACUUUGUCGAUAGGUGCUCAAGGAUUCCAUUUUUCCUUGUUUCAGCCAUUAUUUCCCUUGUAUUCGUGAUUAUUCAUACUUUUUCCAUGAUUAUUGCGUUCAAUGGAUAUGCUGAUGGGAGGAAAGUUGACCAAGUAGUGGUUCCUGUCGUUCAUAUUCUUGCUGCUGUCAUGACGCUCAUGAAUCUUGCACCAGGCGGUUGCAGUAUAGGUGUUCCUCUUCUUUGCUGCGUUGGAGCUAUAACUAUGUACUAUUGCUGGCAGAUGGUCUGGAGGAAACUGACCGAGCAUGGAAGAAGACAGAGGAAUGCUUCUGAAAUCCAUAUCUCCUGAUGCAUUCUUAUUACACUCAGAAAUGCCCUAUUUCUGCACUUUUUUCAUGAUAUAGAAAUGAAAACACUGUCAAUGAAAACACUAUCGAGUUACCAAUGAUCACAUGUAAUAACUACUUCGAUGUGCAAAACUUCAUUGUAGGGUCUCGAGAAAGGUCGGAUUAUAUUAUAUCAAUUGCAUGCAGUCUUAUUUA